UUUAAUUCAACUAGUAUGCUAAAUUAUGACACGUACAAACGUUUUAAAAUAAGCUUAGACUUUUUACUGAAGUUUAAAUAUGGGUCAGGUUUAAGGAAUAGCCCUGUGAGUACUGGUUUCAGCUUGGACGAGCAAGGGAACAUUGAAGAUCCCACUAACACAGCUGCAGUAAUGGAGAAUACCUACCAACUGGGUCCAUCUAAACAAUUCCCUGUCUCUGCUGUCUCAGACAUACUGAAGGAAGAAACUAACAAUAACCUCCAAGAAGUAAAGUAUGAAGCACAGCGCUGUCGAGAACUGACCCUAACUCUCUGUGAAGGAAUAAGGAACCGUGUGAAGGAGCUUCUGAUCCCCAGAUAUAAAACUGUUGUCCUGGUCCACAUCGGCCAGCUCAAUGGGCAGGGGAUGCAAAUCAGCAGCCGCUGUCUGUGGGAUCCAUCCUCUGACACCUUUACAUCUUACUCCUUCAAGAACAGUUCUCUGUUCUGCAGUGCGACUGUGUUCGGUGUCUACUUUGAGUAACUCAUAGGUCAGGUUUUAGCACAGCAUGGACAGCUCACGUCUUUGGCAGCCUUGUUGACAGCACAUUGUUAUCAAGGCCUGGUCCUGGUCCCUCUGAUGAAAAUCUGUCACUGGAACAUCUCCUGUCUUCAGGAAGUCUGGCUCUUCUCUGUUUACUGCC